GAAAAGAGAACAUCCCCGGGCCUCCACACACAUCUUGAUUCGCAAUUAUUGAGGCCCGCGAGUAUAAAAGCCCCCACAAACCCCCACCCUAAACGACAGCAGCACACAAGCUCACAAGCCAUCCUCUCUUCUCCGACUCCUCCCCAGCAUUCCCUCUCUAUCGCUUCCUAGGGUUUGAGAAGAUGAACAGGAAACCAGGAGACUGGAACUGCAGGUCCUGCCAGCACCUCAACUUCAGCCGGCGCGAUUCAUGCCAGCGUUGCGGCGAGCCCAGGUCCAGCAGCGACCGCUCUGACUAUGCCAGCUUUGGUGGCGGCGGCGGCGGCGGCGGCGGCGGCCGGGCCGGCUCCUCCUUUGGCUUCAGCGGAUCCGAUGUCCGGCCGGGAGACUGGUACUGCUCAUGCGGCGCCCACAACUUCGCGAGCCGCUCCAGCUGCUUCAAGUGCGGUGCGUUCAAGGAGGACUCCGCCGUCGGCGGUGGUUUCGAGGGCGAUGUGCCGCGCUCCCGGGGGUUUGGCUUCGGCGGUGGUCGUGCCGCCUGGAAGUCUGGAGACUGGAUUUGCACCAGGUCGGGCUGCAAUGAGCACAACUUUGCGAGCAGGAUGGAGUGCUUUCGGUGCAAUGCACCUCGGGAGUCUGGAACUGAAGUCUAAGGAGUAGACCAAGUGAGAUAAGAUGAACAUGAGACAUGAAAUCAUAUGAUAUAGUAGUAAUCUCAAGUAUCACUAGCUUUGUUCCUAGCCAACUUUUUACUUUUCUUCUUAGAAAAAAAGGAAAAUCUUCUUCUUCUUUUUUUUUCGUUUUUCUUCUUUUGGUUUUAAUGCCCCUAAUGGAACCAUGGCUGAACACCCAUCUUCCAUGUGGGAGUGUCCUGUCCCAGUUUUUUGUUCGCUUCUGAAGUUGUAUGCCUACCUUCCUUUGCUUUAGAAGUAUAAUUAUCUAGUUGUGUUGUUGCCUCUC